AUGAAGAAAAAGCAGGAUCUUGUCCAGGACUAUCAGAUCAGAAACGUGUACAACGAUGAAGCAUUUAUCACGAUGGAUGGAGACAAUCUGGAAUUUGAGGACUCGUAUACAUUCAACCCAAGAAUUCUCAGCAGCAUUGAGUUUGGUAGCGUUUUGGAAACACUCAGCAAAAAUCAGUCUGUGCCGGUCAAUAUUUCGCGGCUUGUAAAUGACACGCAAAACUACGAGUCAAGGCUUCUGGAGCACGAGAUUAAUCUGGACGACGAACAAGAGUAUUCACCAGAUCCACUCAAGACCAUAUUUGGCUACAUUUCAUACCCACUGGUUCUCCUACUAAAUUAUACAAUCCCUAUGAUGUCACUGUCGGACUUUGACCAGACAAUUAAACCGUCGUUUACCAGACUAAUGAAACUCUUGUGCUCUUUGUCCUGUGCACAAUUUAUCAUCAUUUACUCAUUUGCUGAAAAUGCAUCGUGGGGCACGAAACUCUGUCGGAGAUCUGAUUUCCAACCUGGUCAUAGCAAAUGUCGGCUAUCCACUGAUGGCACUCGCAGCAUGCUUUGGAGGCCCGUUAUUGAACUUACUUCUCGGGAUCGGUCUCAACGGGAAGAUCGUUGGCGAGGUCGACGUCAACAUGAAACCCAGCUUGUAUUUGACCUGUCUCUGGAUUCUCAUUAA